GUCAAGAAUUUUCUCGCCCAAAAAUAGCGACGUUUUUCUUUGUUUUUUCGGUUAACAAUGCAAUGAGCAAACAUAAAAUAAAAUUGAUUCAAAAGUAAAACUGAACUGUACACUAGCUACAAUAUAUUAACUGGGUGUUCAAAGUAGCUUUCCUUUCAGUUUUAGCAAGUUGAAUUCCUGAUUUUCUUUUGUCUGAAAGGAUACGACGGGAUAAGAAAAUACAGAUCAGUGAGAUACGAAGAUGAAGAUGGCUGAUGGAUCGACAAUAUUGCGCAGAAACCGACCGGGAACUAAGUCUAAGGAUUUCUGUCGCUGGCCUGAUGAGCCUCUGGAGGAAAUGGACAGCACUCUGGCGGUGCAGCAGUUCAUACAGCAGAUGAUUAAACGGGAUCCUAGCAAUGUGGAGAUAAUUUUAACGAUGCCCGAGGCCCAAGAUGAAGGUGUUUGGAAAUAUGAGCACUUACGUCAAUUCUGCAUGGAGCUAAAUGGAUUGGCGGUUCGCUUGCAGAAAGAAUGUUCACCCACAACAUGCACACAGAUGACAGCCACCGAUCAGUGGAUUUUUUUGUGUGCUGCUCAUAAAACGCCAAAAGAAUGUCCAGCGAUUGAUUACACCAGGCAUACCCUAGAUGGAGCUGCUUGUCUACUCAACAGCAACAAAUAUUUUCCAAGCAGUCAAUUUUUCAGAGUAUCCAUCAAGGACUCAUCGGUAACGAAAUUAGGGUCGGUCUGCCGGCGUGUGUAUCGAAUUUUUUCCCAUGCAUAUUUUCACCAUCGUCGCAUUUUUGAUGAAUUUGAAACCGAGACAUUUUUAUGCCACCGAUUUACGCAUUUUGUCACAAAAUAUAAUCUUAUGUCGAAGGAAAAUCUAAUUGUGCCCAUCAAUGAAGGGAACGAGAAUACAGGUCCUGGUGAGAGUGAAGCCUAAACAAUUACCAGCAGUCACUGAAGAAAAUACUACAAUUCAUUAAAACACAAAACCUACAUAUAUGUAUUUCUAUAUAUUAUAUGGAGCUUGCAUAAUAGUUUACUUUUGGCGUCAGUCAGAAAGAUAAAAGGUUAUAUAAAUAGAUUCCCCAUAAGAUAAAUUAUUAAUUAUAUUAAACUUCUAAUUUCAAAUAAAUUAUGUGUAGACACUCAGAGUCCAGUCAAAAAGAAACUUACAGAUCAAUGCUAUGUAGUGUCUCUUGACAACAAAUGACUCUCCUUAAAUUUUUGUCGUUAUAUUAACUCGACUUUAUUGACAUUAAACAUUGCAUAUAUGGUAAUAAAGCCUUUUAGUCAAAGAUAUGAACAAUUUA